CCGCAGUGUCCUGGACACCCUUUCAUUCACCAGCGCGCCAGUGCUCCGUCCCUCGUUUUCCGCCCUGCUCGCUUGCCCCUGCCGCCGCACAUAGCGCUGCCCGAUACACACCCUUUGCCACCAUGGCCAGCCCGCUCUUCGCCUCCUCCAGGAUGACCAUCCUCCUCUUGUCGGUCCUGGAGAUCAUCUAUCUCAUCAUGAUCGCCGUCGCUGCCGGUAUGGAGAAGCUCAACACCCUGACUGCUCUUGCCAGUGUGUUCGCCGCUCUUGUCAUCAUCAUCUUCAUCUUCGUGACGCGCCUCAAUCUCAAGCUCAUUGUGGUGCACCUCCUGAUGAAUACCGGUCUCUUCAUCCUCUCGCUCCUGCUUAUCCUCGAGUCCCUUGGUCAUAUUGAGCUGAGCAUUGCCGAGGAAACCUACUACCACAUCCCGCUGAUGCUGAUGUUUGAUCUGACCGAUGACGAGGUCUGCAUCAAGGCCAUGUAUUCGACCGCCUGUGUCCUGACCGGCCUUCUCGCCCUCUCUGUCGGUGUCUACAUGGCUACCUGGCGCAAGGGCCGCCGGAACUUCUGAGCAGCCUGCAUCCAUGCUUCAAAUUGUCCAUCCCACACACAUCCAACUUCACAUGUCCGCGCAGCGUCGCCCAGUUCCCGAUGCGCGCUUCUCCUCGCCUUCCAGCGGGGGGCUUUCCGGGCUGUUAAUCUUCGCUUUAACACGCACAGAAAAAGAAAUACACAACCUUGUUCUUUG